UUUAUUCAGCACAAAAGGAGAAAAAUUAAGCACUUAUUUAGAUGCAUAUGUCUAAUCAAUAGUAUUUGAAAGAAAAAAUUUAACUUUUUAAUUUUACGCUAGUGUGAAUGGGAAUGGUGUCUGCUUCUAAUUAAGAAGAUGGAGAACGUGCCAAUGGUUGUCAACACAAACAUAAACACCAAAUAUUGUAUUAUAUUUGUGGUCCCUCUCAUUAAAUCUUCAAUAAUUAACAUUAAGAACCUAAAAUGAAAUCAAGGAUGUAAAUUUAUAAGAUGGGAUCGAAUGCAUCGGUUCUUCAAUGGCAUUGCAAAAAUUGCACUUCCAUUAAUCCUACUGAAAGGAGAUCUUGUUUGGUAUGUGGUGAUCGUCGGCGGUCUGAAGAUCCCGGGAAAGUGAUUACUCCAUGUCCCCGAAAAGUAAAUGAGCCUUCUCAUUCUAAGAAAUAUGGGCAAAGUUCUCGUUUACAAAAAAAGGAAGUGGAAGAAAUAGAAUUAUCUUAUAUUGUUUGUGCCCCAACUCCAGACAGAGCAGUGAACUCCGUAACAGCUGAUGGCGAAGUUCGAAUAUCCCCAAAAGCACAGUUGCGAAUCAAGAAAGAGAAGGCCCUCAAAAAAUCUCUGUCUAAUGCAAGUGAAAGCGAUGUUGGCGCACGCGUCAAAAACCGGAGCGUUAGUUGGCAUGGUAUGCCGUUGCUCGAUAUUAACCAGGCACCUGGAAUAGCUCUUUCUCAACUAUUUGUAAAUCUCGCCGAAUCCAUCAAGGAAGAGGGUAGUGGUGAUAGUAACAGUAAACUCUCUUCUACUGAUGAAAGGAAGAAAGAUAAAAUCAAUUUCCUUGAGAAAACUUUUGUAAAGUGUAUAAGAAAAAAGACUCAGAAGUGGAAAUGUACUCAUUGUUCUUUUCUGAAUCUCGAAACUUGUUCUGAAUGUGUCGUUUGUGCUUACAGAAAAGGCGAAAUUCCAGAUUUAUUUAAUAAUUUAGAUUAUGAUCUACCUUCUACACCUACUCCCGAUUCGGGAGUAGACAUUCCCUCUAGUCACGGUACAUCAGUACAACAAGCCAGUCCUGCAUUUCGUUGGUUUUGUCAUCAUUGUCAUAAUUACAAUCCAACAACUACUGAAAACUGUAUUCUUUGCAAUCUGACCAGAAAGCAAAGUGGUUUAAGAAAUGGCGCUCGCGAUACUUUCGAAGACUUGAGCAAUUUUGGAGCUUACGGAAUCUCUCCUCAUAAAGCAUUAUCAAAGCUUAGCCAACUCCAUAGUCUAUUGGACAAUAACGUCUGCGACCCCUUUGUUGCCAGCAACUACGUUUCUCCGAGACAUCUUCCAAAACUUGAUGGCAAGUGGACUUGCGAAAACUGUCAAUUUCUUAACAUACCUUCCACCAACCAGUGUAUUAUUUGUGAAACUGCUAAGCAUAAUAAUGUUAGUUAUGUUAACGGCAAUGAUUUAACUGAUUUCUUAAAUUCGCAGUCCGUGCCUAUUAAAAGAACUGAUUAUGCUCAUAACCGGUCACCUAAGCGGCAACGCGCUGCUCAAAAACGGAACAAGGCAAAACUGAGUCGUCAUAACUCAGAUGGCUCAUCUUCAGUGAAUAAAGAUAACCCCGUUAAUUCGCAUUCUGCCGAUGAUGUUAUGCUUAUUGACCCAGACGCAGAAAACGAAGUACCUUGGGCUUGUAAACGUUGUACCUAUGAAAAUUCUCCUAGCUUAAACAGGUGUGAAAUUUGCGAAACUCCUAAAAAACCAAACAUUCCCACAACUUUGCCUCGCAAUGCCUUUAGUUUAGGUUACCUGUCUGAGCUGAAAAAUUCACUGAAUAAUUCUUCAGAUAACCAAAACGGAAGUCCUUCAUUAUCCAGACGAAGUAAAUCGUUUUCGGAAGUCCCAAGUAGUGCAUCAUGUCCAGUGGUGCCCGCGAAAAAGACUCCUUUAGUGAAUGGUCACAACGUUGACUUGUCUUCCCCUAAAACUGACGUUCUGUGUGGAGAAGAUUUAACCAGAAUGUCGGAAGCAGAAGAGUCUUGGGUAUGUAACAGUUGUUCAUUCUCAUCCAAUCCUGUGUGGGCAACAACCUGCCAAAACUGUGAUACAGCCAGAAAUUCGAACAGAAUCGUUGAGCAAAGUGAUUACAAUGACGAAGUGUAUUCACGCAUCGAUUCGGGACGCCAUUUAAGUCGGCUCCUCGGUGUUCCCAUGUUAGAUCAAUGGACGUGUGUAAAGUGUACUUUAAUAAAUUCCUCCAAUGAAAGGUUCUGCUGCGCGUGUGGUGGUUCAAAACUUAACAGUACUAGCAGUAGACAAUUUAGGACACUGAAGCCUAACGAGAGUUGGGUUUGUCCUAGUUGCACACUUCGUAAUCCUCGAUCUCUCACCGAAUGCAGAGUCUGUAGUUCAUCGAAAUACGAUGACUCUCAACAAUUCCAACUCUCAAACAGGACGUUGAGGCGGCACUCAAACCAUCAGAGUGAUAGUUGGGAGUGUUCUUCUUGUACUUAUUUAAAUGCAACCGACAAAGCAAUGUGUGAUAUAUGUCAAACUUCGCGGAGCAUAAUAUCUUUAAGACCCGAUUCUGCACGACCUAAUACUGCUUCUGGUCAGGGUGAAAGUGAGCUUACUGAAGAUCUGAGGAAUGUCGAAGAGAAUUUUGCUAGACUGCAGUGGCAUGAAAUCAUUACUUUUUGUAAACAGAACCAUGAAUUAUUUAUUGAUGAUUCUUUUCCACCCCUGCCAAAAUCUCUUUACUACAAUGCAGAAGAACCUCGUGAAGAAUCGGUUGACCAGUGGUUAAGGCCUACAGAAAUAACAUGUGAUCCAUACGAAGAACAAAUAAAAUGGGCAGUCUUUCGCACGCCUAUGCCUUCAGAUAUUUCACAAGGUAUUUUAGGAAACUGUUGGCUGUUAAGCGCUCUAGCAGUUUUAGCAGAAAAACCAGAGCUUGUUGAACAGGUGAUGGUCACAAGGACAAUAUGUCCACAAGGAGCUUAUCAAGUCCGCUUGUGUAAGGACGGUUGUUGGACAACAGUAUUAGUGGAUGACCUUUUGCCUUGCAAUUCUCGAGGAAAACUCCUUUAUUCCAAAGCUAAAAGGAAACAACUUUGGGUGCCUUUGAUUGAAAAAGCUGUUGCUAAACUUCAUGGUUGCUACGAAGCUCUUGUAUCGGGAAGAGCUAUUGAGGGUUUAUCAACAUUGACUGGUGCUCCUUGUGAAAGUAUACCUUUACAACCUUCAUCUAUUCCAAAUGAGGAAGGUAUUGACCAUGAUUUAAUAUGGGUGCAAUUGCUUAGCUGCCGAGAUGCUGGGUUUCUAAUGGGUGCUUCCUGUGGUGGUGGUAAUAUGCAAGUUAAUGAUCAAGAUUACCACGCUGUUGGCCUUAGACCAAGACAUGCUUAUUCUGUAUUGGAUGUUCAAAGCAUCCAAGAAUUAAGGCUUGUUAGAUUGAGAAAUCCGUGGGGUCAUUAUUCUUGGAGAGGAGAUUGGUCUGAUGGAUCGCCAUUAUGGACUCCUGAAUUAAGAGAACAGCUGAUACCUCAUGGUGCUGAUGAAGGAGUUUUCUGGAUGUCUUUUCAAGAUGUUUUGAAGUAUUUUGAUUGCAUUGAUAUUUGCAAAGUGAAAUCAGAUUGGAAUGAAGUGCGUUUGCAAGGAGUUCUUCCCCCUCACACAGACAAAGAAUGCUUAGCAGUCACUGCACUUACUGUUUUAGAUGCUACUGAAGUGGAAUUCAGCCUCUUCCAAGAGGGGCAAAGGAAUGCUGAAAGGUCUCAAAGAUCUCAGCUGGACCUUUGUGUUGUUGUGUUUCGUAGCUGUGAUCCUUCACGAGGUCAUGUUGGGGCUUUAAUCAAGCACAGUAAAAGGCAGGUCAGAGGCUUCGUUGGAUGCCAUGCUAUGCUUGAACCUGGAAUGUAUAUUGUUGUUUGCCUUGCCUUCAAUCACUGGCAUACAAGUUUGAAUACCUAUGAGCAAUACCCUAGAUUUCUCCUUGCCAUCCACAGUUCCAAACGCAUCCUCGUAGAAAAAGUUCUUCCAAUGCCACACAUUCUGGCAGAUGCAAUUAUUUUAUUAACAGUUGCCAAAGGACAACGUCAUGAGGGUCGAGAGGGUAUGACUGCAUAUUACCUGACCAAAGGUUGGGCAGGUCUUGUUGUCGUAUUGGAGAAUAGACUUCCUGAUAGAUGCAUUCAAGUCAUAUGCGACUGCUCUGAAAGUAUGAAUGUUGUGUCCACUCGCGCCACACUGCGUACUGUUGAUAGUAUACCUCCCCUUCACAGACAGGUGAUUAUAGUUCUCACUCAACUAGAAGGCAGUGGAGGUUUCUCCAUAGCUCACCGUCUUACUCACCGUGUGUCCUAUAGUGGAGGACUUCAUGAUUGGGGCCCACCAGGAACAAAUCACGUACCCCCAAUAGAUCGUAAAGUAUUUGGUCUACAUGCACCUCGACCAUUGUGACGCGUUUCAAAUACUAAAACAUUAAGUCUGCUCAUUGUGAUAGGGUGCCACUCAAACACAAAAGGAUCUCUCACUACUUAUUUUAUAAAAUUUAAUGUUUUUUUUUUCUCCCUUGUUUUAUAUUGCAUUUGAAGACAUAAGUGUGAAAUAAAGGUCAAGCAAAAGAGUGCAUUUUUAACAUAUUCAUUCUUAGAAAGCUAUUGAAAAUGAAAGUGUUCAAUUAAAAUGGUUAAAUUUAUUUCCUGUAGAUGAAUUAUUAGUUUUUUCAAGUAUCUGAUGCAAUUUUAUGAUUUAGUUGUUUAUAUUCUUGUAUCUGAAUCAGUUAUUGAUAAAAUAUAGGGUGCUGAGUAUUCUGAAGAAAAAAAUUUGAGCAAUAUUUAUUUCUCGUUUGAGAUAUCCGCUACAGAUACUUUUUUUUUUUUUUUUUUACUCUCAAGCACUUAAAUCUUCCGCAUUUUUAUUGAGUUAAUAUGAAAUUAUUAUAUUUCAUUAUUUUUCUAUUUAAUACAUGAAAUCCAGAAUCAGAUUUAUUCCAUUUAAUUUUAAUUUCAACAAUAUUUUGAAUUAUUUUAUCCAUAGCUUGGGCUAUGUGUUAAAUGAAUAACAAUUUUUCAUCUUGCAUUUUGCUGACUUUGAAGUUAGUAAUAAAUGAAUAAUUUUAAAUUUAAAUUUAGAAUAAUUUGUUUAAGGUGCUAAAUUUAGAUUUUUUUUUCUGGACAUAAAAUUUUUAUGAUAAACAAAUUUGCUUUUUUUUUAAUGAAAUACUACAAAAAACUAUCUGUGAUGAUUGUUAAAU